AUGAUCACACUCAUCACCGCUCUUUGCCUAUUUACUACAGUGAAAACUGGAAUCUCUGGGCUUCAAGUACAAACUGUGAGGAGUGGAAAUAAUGUUGUCAUAAAAUGUGAUGAACACAUUGUCAAAGACAAGAAAACUCAUUUAUUAGCUUGGUAUAAACAGAGUUUAGGAAAUGUGCCAGAGAAUGUAUUGAGACAGUUUGGAGAUGGAGAGAAGCUCAGACAUACAUCAGGUUUUAAGGACGGCCGCUUCACUGUGGAUGAAGAAGCAUUUGAUCUCAGUAUAAAAGGAAUAAAAGAAGAGGAUGCAGCAACAUAUUUCUGUGGAAGAGUAAAGACGAAUGUUGUAGAGUUUGGAUCUGGGACUCGCUUGUUCUUUCAAGCUGAGACGAUGGACCAUCGAUCUCCGACUGAAAUGGUGAUCGAGACUGGAGAGUCUGUUACUCUCCAGUGUUCAGUACAAUCUCUUACUCCAGACUGUUCAGGAGAACACAGUGUGUACUGGUUCAGACAUGGAUCAGGAGAAUCUCAUCCAGGAAUCAUCUACACUCAUGGAAACAGGAGUGAUGAGUGUAAGAAAAGCUCUGAGACUGAUUCUCCUACACAGAGCUGUGUCUACAAACUCCCCAAGAGAAACCUCAGCCUCUCUGAUGCUGGAACAUACUACUGUGCUGUGGCUGCAUGUGGACAGAUACUGUUUGGAAAUCAAACUAAAGUUAAUGUACAAGGUGAGACUUUUGAUGGAAUAGAGCUUCUGUUCUGUAACGGAAAUUUUCUGCAUGGUGCUUCCAACAGCCGCUCAAGCCACACUGAUCAGUAUCGCACAGAUAUCUUCAACGCUGUCCUGAGUUUUGCUAAGAGAGUGAAGGAAAGUCAAGACCUGUAUUCACGAGUGGAAUAUAGCUGA